GCACUUCCGCUUCCGGCUCUUUAUUCCGGAAGUUGCUUUUUGAGGUAGUGUGCGGGAUAGUGUGGUCUUUGUGAGCUUCCACCAUGGCGUACCGGGGCCAGGGCCAGAAGGUGCAGAAGGUGAUGGUACAGCCAAUCAAUCUCAUCUUCAGAUACUUGCAAAAUAGAUCUCGGAUUCAGGUGUGGCUUUAUGAGCAAGUGAAUAUGCGGAUAGAGGGCUGUAUCAUUGGUUUUGAUGAGUAUAUGAACCUCGUAUUAGAUGAUGCAGAAGAGAUUCAUUCUAAAACAAAGUCAAGAAAACAACUGGGUCGGAUCAUGCUAAAAGGAGAUAACAUUACUCUGCUCCAAAGUGUCUCCAACUAGAAAUGAUCAAUGAAGUGAGAAAUUGUUGAGAAGGCAAUACAGUUUUUUUAGGUGUGCUUUGUUAGAAGUGUAGUUCUAAAGCAUUUAUUCAUAUUGUUUUGCUCACCUUUAUGUUAUUACCAGAUGACAAUAAAUGCUGUGGGAUUGUUUUUAUUAAAAUUUUUACAUUGUUUUCUUUUAUCCAGGUGUAGAGAGUUUUUACACAAUGGCACCAUUAGCUGUUAGUAUUUAUUUUAAGGUUUUCUGAGGAUGGCACUUGUCCUGGGCAUUUGCUUUUCACAGAACUGGGAUCUGUAGAUUCUUAAGGCACAGAGUAGGAAUUCUACCUGACAUGUAAUCUUCUGAUACUGGGUGGUGGAGAAGGGGAGUGUUCACAAAAGUAAAGAUCAUGGUGCCAAUAUAUGUCUUCAUCAUCAUUUCUAAUUCUGAAUGCUGGGACACAAGGGUUUCUAACCACAAUAGAUUGGGGACAUUAUAGUAGCUCAGUAUUUGCUUAGCACUCUCUUAGAGUUAUUGUGUAAGGCCUUUGUGAAUUCUUUUAUCACUAAGGUCAGAAUGUGAGAAGUAUUUGGAUAUAAGCAAAGAAUGAAAGUUUGUUAAAAAGGAGCUCUGUUAAGAGUUAACUGGAGGGAGACUUUGUGAGAUUGGUAACCUGAAAAAGACCCACAGGCAACACUGGUAAGUUGUUGUUAGGCAGAACAAUAGUAUGUUAGUUGGGGAAACACCUCUUCUAUUAUCUCCAAGAAUUUUGGUUCUUCCUCCAGUAAUUGCUUAUUUCCUAAUUGAAUUAUGUGGUCAGUUCUCUCUUGCCCCAAUAUCUCAGGGUUGUUCUAGUUAGAAUUCUGUUAAAUGGUUAUAGAGCAUCUGCUAUUAGUUGAAUAUAUACAGUGAAACAGACUGACAAACAUAGCUUCAAUACCACAUGCUAAGUGUUAUUUAAGUUGAAUCUUGAAAGAUGAAUAAGGCCUACCUUAAAUUCUGGUAAUGGGCAGUAUUAUUAAGGGUAAGUAAGGAAGAAGCAAAAAGUCCAGUUCCUGCUUUUCCAAGUGCCUAUGAGGGAGAUACAGAACUUUUCUUUAAACUGACUAAAACAAUCACUUCAUGAGACAGAGGAGAUUUGUUGGUGAGUGUAGAAAUCAGUCCAGCUUAGAACUUGGCAUUCUAGCUGUUCCACUCCAUUUGAACUUGUGCCUUUUUGGUCAUAUUUUGAAAUAAAGGGCUGCUUUAGCUCUUUUAACAUAUUUGAGUUUGAAAUUCAAUUGAACCUGCUACAGCAUGCAAAGAAAACAUUGGGCAGCAGAGGGAGUUGCAGUCCUGAGACUGCCUUUCUGGUGAAAAGCUUUUUGAGAGCAGAGCAAAGACCUCCCUGCAGCUUUCAUGGCACCAAAAUAGCUGGGAAGCAGGAUAAAAACUGGAGCAGUAUAAUCCCUAAGAAAACCUGCUGGCUGCUUUUUCCAUUUCCCUGUAUGGCCUUUCUGACCUGGCUGCCCUAUGUAAGCAAAGCUGUGCCUGCUGUGGCUUAUCCUGAAUGGAUCAAGACAUGGAAAGGUCUAUUUUUGACAGAACAAGUGGUGAUAGUGAGAAAUAAGGUACAGUGAACUCUUAAAAUUGAGCUCUGUAUUUAGAAAUCUCUGCUUGCUUUCCUGCUGUACUGGAAGCCUGUGGUGUUUACUUUUUGAGUUGUACUUUUCCACAAUCUGGAGAUCUUUUCUUCCAACCAGAAUUUGUAUUACAGAAGGAGUUGCUGUCUGCUUCAUUAAGGUUAUUAAAACAUGCUGCUGGGAAGCUGCUCUUGUUGGCAGCCCUUGGUAUGUGAGCGGUUAUUUUUCUGGAAUGGCUGUUGGUUUCUGAAGGGGUCUUGCUAACCACCCAUGAACUCUCUUGUAACAUUCUUGAAGUGAGGGGUGGGAGGAGAAUCAGGCUCCGAAAAGUAAGUGCUGAUUCGGGCCUGGUGUUCUGUUAGUAGUAGGGAGAAAGAAGGAUAAGAAUAGUUUGAAAAUGCUAGAAUUUUGUAUAUGCAGGCACCAAAUAUUAUUGUAUCACAUUUGUCAAUUUCAAGAUUAGAGAGUGGAUCUCUGUCUAAUUUGGAUUAAGGCAUUAUUAGCCAGGAAGUGUCACGGGCAUUUCCUGGGGAAAACCUAAUAGCACCAUCUCAUGUUAACUGGAUGACACAGGAUCUUUUCCCUAAUUAAUUAUUCCUAUUAGAACUGAUCAUAACCACAUACUUGUGGCAUGCUUUUUUGAGGGGAUGCUUGGUAAAACUUAAGGUGGCAUGAGAACUUAAGUCUGUUACUACUUAGAAUUUAAUUUUAAUUUAAAAAUUAUAUCCAGUGGAAUUUUUAAAUAUUAAAAAGCAUUAGCUUAAUACAUGUUUAUGAUCAAACGUAAACUAUACAGAAAUAUACAGAGCAGAAAACAAAAGUCCCUCCUUUUCCCAUCAGUGUUCUCCAUAAAUAACCACUGUUAACAGGUGCUUUCUGAACUCUUUACAGAUAUAUAUAGCUUGGUUUGAUUCUCAUUUUGGUAUUACUUUAAAAUUUCUUUUAGGUAAAAUUUUUACACAUACAUAUAAUAUUUACACAUAAUAUUACACAUAAAUACACAUAAUAUUUACUAUCUUAACCAUCUUAUUUAUUUAUUUUAUUUUUUUGGCCGUGCUUCACGGCUUGCGGGAUCUCAGUUCCCCAACCAGGGAACCUCUGCCCCCUGAAAUGGAAGUGUGGAGUCCUAAACACUGGACUGCCAGGGAAGUCCCUAUCUUCACCAUUUUAAAGUGUACAGCUCAGUAGUGUUAAGUAUAUUCACAUGGUUAUGCAACCAAUCUUUAGAACUUCUUUAUCUUGCAAAAAACAAACUGUACCUAUUAAACAACAACUUAACCAUCCCUCCCCUCAGCCCCUGGAUUUGAUUUUUUGUUUCUGAGUUUGAUUAGGUACCUCAUAUAAGUGGAAUCAUACAAUAUUUGUCUUUUUGUGACUGACUUAUUUCACUUAGCAUAAUGUCCUCAAGUUACAUCCAUGUAGUAGAAUGUGUCAGGAUUUCCUUCCUUUCUAAGGCUGAAUAAUAUUGCAUGUAUAUAUACCACCUUUUGUUUAUACAUUUAACUGUCGAUAGACAUUUGGGUUGCUUCCACUUUUUGACUUCUGUAAAUAAUGCUGCUGUGAAUCUUCGAGACCCUGCUUUCAGUUCUUUUGAGUAUAUUCUCUGUAGAUUUUUGAGUAACCAUCAUACUGUUUUCCACAGCGGCUUUACCAUUUUACUUUCUCAUCAACAGUGCACAAAGGUUGCAGUUUCUUCACAUCCUUGGCAAAACAACUUUUUUUUUUUUUUUAAGAGAAGUCUGUGACUUUAUUGGCCGAGCAGGCUACUUGAAGGGGGUGAAACCAGAGGAGUGACCCCGAUGCCAGCCUGGCUGUGUAGGUGAUUGAGAACUCAGGCUUGAUUCCACCUGGUUGAAGGUCUUGACCUUGUAGACGCCCACCAUGCUGUCCACCAUCUCAGGCAGGAUGAUGAUGUCCUGCAGGUGUGUCUUUACCACCUCAGGCGUCUCCUUGGGCAGUGCCUCCUUCUUGGCCUUGCACUGGCGCUUUAGCAGGGUGUGCUGCUUCCUUGGCAGUCCUGGUUCAGCAGUAGCUGGGUGCUGUACAGCUGUACCAGCUGCUUGUAGGACAUGUCCUACAAGGUCCACGCUGCUGUAGGUGAAAUUGCAAAAGGUCUGCUGCUUCUGCUCCAUUUCUGCCAUCUUGUCGAUUCUUCAGAGAGGUAAAACUUCUGUUUUUGAUAGCAGUCAUCCUAAUGGUUGUGAGGUUGUAGUUUUGAUUUGUAUUUCCAUAAUGAUUAGUGAUGUUGAGCAUCUUUUCAUAUGUUUACUGGUCAUUAGCUUGUCUUCUUUGGAGAAAUGUCUAUUCAAGUCCUCUGCCUAUUUUUAAACAGUUUAUUUUUUUGUUAAUUUGAAGGAGUUCUUUACAUAUUCUGGCUUAAAUAAAUGAUUUGCCAAUAUUUUCUCCCAUUCUGUGGGUUGCCUUUUCAUUCUGUCAUUGUCUUUUGAUACACAGAAUUUUUAAAUUUUGAUGUAAUCCAGUUUAUCUGUGUUUGCUUUUGUUGCCUUUUUUUUUUUUGGCCUUGCCGCAACUUGUGGGAUCUUAGUUCCCCGACCAGGGAUGGAACCCAGGCCCUUGGCAGUGAAAGUGCAGAGUCCUAACCACUGGACCGCCAGGAAUCCCCAGCUGCUUUUUUAGUGUCAUAGGUAUUUUUAUUUAUUUAUGCACACAUAGUCUUUGCAGUUCCGCUGUUAUCAACAAAACUUGCACGUAGUUCCAUGUUAAACAGCUAUGAUGUAUUCCAUUAUAUGAGUCUCUCAAUUUAAGUAAUCACACC